AUGGUAUCACUCCAGCCAAUUACUAUUAUUAUCACUCUAAUCAUAUCAGCAGUUAUUUAUGGUUGUGCACCACCAGGAUUUAUUCCAAAUCAAGAUCCAACAUAUAUAGCCGGUCAAUGCUCCGAUUUAAUCUUAUAUCCGGUAAAAUCAGUUGAUCAAGAUGAUCAAUAUCGAUUUGAUUACAGCGAUGUUAGUUUUGGUAAUACACAUAGCCAAGGAGCAACAGUUACAAUAACAUGCACCGAAAGAGGUCGACCGGCAACAGUUGAGGGAUAUGAUCAGCAAAGGACAUCAAUAACUUCAUCACCAAGUUUGGUUGCAACAUGUACCAAUGUUGAUGGUUCACAGUAUGCUUGGACAAUAUUAAGAAGAAUAUUGCAAUUUGUUGAUUGUCGUUUUUAA